GUAGUUGACCACGACUAUGCGUAUUCAGAUUAAAGUUGAUAGUGUACUUUUUGGCCAGGAAAACUUUCAUUUAUUGUGAGGCUAUUUAAGGACUUUAAAAAUGAGCGUGAUGAAAUUUACACUGACGAUUCUCGCAAUCGCUGGAUGCUGGCGACCAUUCUCGUGGACAUCAUUGAUUAAACAUGCACUGUAUAACGCUUACACAUUAUUGAUAAUAAGCUUCUUAUACAGCUUUACAUUCACGCAAUUUAUGGAUCUUAUUCUAAAUGUUGACAAUCCUGACGAUUUCACCAGCACUCUAUUCACGAUGUUGACUAUGUGUGUUUCGUGUUAUAAAAUAUUCAGUAUGUGGAUGAAUCACGAAAAUAUCGCAACAUUAAUUCAAGCUCUUACGAUGGGUUUAUUUAAACCAGUGGUACCUGUCGAAAUCGAAAUUCAACGAAAAUUUGACAAAAUGAUACAAACUUAUGCAAUGUGCUAUACUAUCAUGAUCAUAAUAUCGUGCGCAGGUAAUAUCUUGAUAUCAUUAUUGACAAAUUUUAAAGAGAGGAAAUUAACAUUUAGAGAAUGGGUACCGUACGAUUAUUCGUCGUAUGUGAUAUUUUGUCUCACAUACACUCAUCAAUACUUAGGCAUCAUCGCCUCAUGUUUCGUUAAUAUUUCUUGUGACAGUCUUAUUAUCGGUCUAUUACUACAUUUGUGCUGUCAGCUAACCAUCUUAAAAUAUCGCUUAAAAAAUAUCACAAAUGAUCAAAGCAUUUUACGCGAGUGUGUACGUCACCAUCAUCAUAUAAUUGAAUACGCACACGCGACUAACGCGAGAUUUAGCAAAAUAAUUGCAUUUCAAUUUUUAGUCAGUACAUUCGUAGUGUGUUCAAGUUUAUACCAAAUAACCAAAAUGGUAUUAAGCGCAUAUCAAAUUUCAUUAAUUACAUAUGUGCUUUGCAUACUUGCACAAAUUUUUAUUUACUGCUGGUUUGGAAAUAAACUCAAGUUGACGAGCAUUCAGCUGGUCAAUAGUAUCUUCGAAAUCGAAUGGAUAACAUUAGAUAAUAAAAUCAAAAAAAGCCUCUUGAUAAUUAUGAAUCGCGCAAUAAUACCUAUUGAAUUUAUCAGUGCAUAUCUACUUAAUGUGAAUCUUGAUUCUUUUGUUGGGUUGCUCAAAACAUCGUAUUCUGCUUAUAAUUUAUUAAUACAAAUACAAGAAUAGUAUAAACUGCAAAUUGCUUUUAG